UUACUGUACUUAACAAUGUCAUGUCCUUGGUGACAUCAUAGUGCCUCCGUGGCAGGCUUUGUAAUCGCCCCCUACUUAGCUUCAACAACGACAGAAGAAAAUGCCCAUCGAACUCAAAGGUAGUUGCCACUGUGGUACAGUCAAAUUCUCUCUUGAAUCUAGCACGGCUGUCCCUUAUCAGCUUUGUUGCUGUUCCAUCUGUCGCAAAACUGCCGGAACUGGAGGAGCUAUCAACUUGGGUGGCCAUUCGAGCACCCUGAAGGUUCUCCAAGGGAAAGAGCACAUUAGUAUAUAUAAGGCAGUAAUCGAUCGGGACACGCCUCAAGAACGCAUCGCUACCUCUGAGAGGAGUUUCUGCGCCAAAUGCUCCACUAUGCUGUGGUUGUACGAUGAAACCUGGCCCGAGCUUAUCCAUCCCUUCGCGUCUGCAAUCGAUACUCCAUUGGAAGUGCCAAAGAAAAUGGUGUGCCUCAAGAUGAACUCCAAACCUGACUACGUUCGCCUUCCGGAGGGUGACAAGGAGGUCUAUGAUGAUUAUGGUCCUCUUUCAUUAGAAGAAUGGCACAAGGAGCAAAAUCUCUAUGCCGUCUAAGAGACGCUAAAGGAGUAACUGAUCACUGUACAUCCGUAUUAGUGCGUUGGAAUGUUCUGUUGAAAUAUUCGUUAUGUUUUUUUACCCGAAAGCUGACGUUGAUUUGAACAAGAUGGCUCAACUUCAUAUGUUGACUGAAUAUCCGUAUCUGCGUGACACUUGCAGUCCCUUGUGGCUGGAUUUUCGUGGUUUUCGCAGACAGACAUCACUGUCGAG